CUUUUAACAAAAAAAAACCCUUAAUCUCAAGCUUUUUUGCCAACAGAGAAAAAACACACAACGAGGUGGGGCCCCACAUUGUAAGAACCCUCUAUUCUUUACUAGUGUGGCCUGGCCAUAGUCAAGUCUCUCACAUACACACACACACCCAGAAAAAAAAAGUUGUUCCUUUUUUUUUUCCAUCGUCUCCAUUGGUACUAUUCAGACAUUAACGUGCCUUACUAAAACACCCAUCUUUCUCUCUGAACAAAGAACUCUUGCUUCCAAGCUUCUCCCACUUUCUUCUUAUAUUCCCACUCAUAAAACAGGAUCUGAUUAUUCUUUUCUCUUAGUAACAACAUUGGAGACUCUGAAGAAAUUCAGAAUUGGCCAAGGAGAAUCUCUCCGAUCUAUUAUUUCUUACUCAGAUACUUUGGAAGUGGUCUUUAUCUGAUAUGAUGGGAAACUGAGUUUUGUUUCGGUGUUGAUUUCAACUUAGCUAGCAAAUAAUGGGAAGUCUUACUCCUCCUGAUGCUCUGAAAGAUGAUUCUGAGCUUGAAGAUUCAUUGAAGAUUAAAGAGAAUCUCCCUGUCUUGUUGAGUCAGAAAAGACAGCAAUGUAGUUUAGUUUCAAACAGCGGAAAAUGGCUACACAUUGUUAAAAACGGUCCAAGAGGUUCAUUCUCACGCGCCACUAGCUUCUUUGAUAGCAAGAUCCCUAGGCAUUUGGUGUCACUAGACGAGAAGUAUCUCCGUAGAUGUCUCGAGUUGAUUAACAUCAGUGCCUUUAAGUCAGCUAGUUGCAGCCUUUCUAUGAGUUCUUCAUAUCUUUUUGACUCAACUAUGAUCCCUAAAGAGAAUGUUGCUCGUCUUGUGUUUGAUCUUCCCUUGGUUGAUGAUUCAGGGAAUGUAGUGAUUAGCCCUGUGAUUACUGGUUGCAAGAGGGUUACGCAUAUGAUUGAUAAACCAUUGUUACACAACCUUGAAGAUGAUAAUGGUGUUUCUUUAUCGAGUACAAACUCAAUGAGUUCUUCUUCUUCUUCUUCUGAGCAGUCUUCUUCAUGUUGGUCACCGUCUUCUUCAAUGGUUUCUCAAGGAACGCUUCAGUUCACUAUGAAAGACAACAAGACGCCUAGUUUUGUUUUCUCAUUGGAUGAUCAGAAAGAGAUCUAUGUAGCUAGCUUAAGCAGUGUUGUUGGUUUUGACCGUAGCUCUCUAGACUAUUCUUAUUUGAUCCAUUUGAAGAAAGGCCGUGUCUCUGAGUUGGUUGGUAAGCUAAAGGUAUCAACAUUGCUCUCUGUCUCAUCCACUAAUGAAAAGAUCGUAGAGAGACAGUUUGUUCUGUUCAGUAACGGUGGGAAUCAGCAGUUACAAGGCCACAACGAGAACAGGAAACACAGAGGAUUGUCUAAGAAAGUCGUUGAUGCGCUCAAACGCGGUUCAAGGCAAAGAAGCAUCUCAAGAUUCAGUAGAACAAGCUCCAUUACUGAUUUAUGUUCUUGGGAGCCGUUUCAAGAACCUGAACACGAUCUUGAACCUGUGAGUUUGCUAGAUAACGAGCUACCAACAAACCUUGAAGCCUCAGCUGUUGUUGUGAGAGAGCAGUUUCUCAAGGAAGUAAACGAGGAAGAGAAAGCUGGAGGCUGGGGCAUGAAGUUUCUCAAGAAGACCCCCUUGGCUAGAACCAAGAAAGGUUAUGAAGAUUCUAAGCACUCAACAACAAGCAUAGAUGUUGUGAUUCCUUCAGGGAUUCACGGAGGGCCAAGAAACAGAAACGGUGAUGGUCCUUCGAGCUUGGUUGAGAGAUGGAAGUCUGGAGGAAGCUGUGAUUGCUCUGGAUGGGACUUAGGUUGUCCCUUGACCGUCUUCAAAGGUCAGGCUAAAAAAGACCAAAGUGAAGGUCAAUGCACUCUCUUUGAGCUCUACACAGAGGGAUCAUCAAAGCAGGGGAUUCCUGGACUAAGGAUCAUGAGUGUAAGAGAGGGUCUUUACUUCGUCCAGUUUCAAGCAAAGAUGUCUGUGUUGCAGUCUUUUUCAACGGCUUUGGCAUAUGUUCAUAGCCAGAGUCAGAGACUUAGGCCAUGGUUGUCAGGGAAGUGUGUAGUGAAGCUUAACUAAGCUAAAGAGAGGAUUUGCACAAAGUAAAGAUAGGCAAAAACUCAGCCUUCGUAAUUUCAGCAGGUUCUUGAGUUAAUAAUUAUUUUCUUAGUUUAUUCGUUUUCUAUUUAAUAUAUUUUUUUAUAGAAAAUGUCUCUUGACCUGAAAUCAUUUGUAAGUUUGGUAUUGUUUGAUGUGUUAUUUUGUUUCUAAAGGUUUGUGUGCAAUGUAAAUUCUGACUUCCGAUUUUGACAUUAUAGCUUUCUUUAUAUUAGCUAUGUUUG